UUGGUUCAAUUAUGGCAAGUGAGCGUACGUUAAAAAGUAGCAGCGGAGAAGAAUACUCAUAUUACGAAGCUUACCAACAUGUGAACAGUACUUCCGGAAACACGAUCGACACGAUCGGUCGAACGUUGCAGCACUUCGAUUGGCCGGACUAUGUUGUAUUUGUGUGGAUGCUGGCUGUCAGCAUCAUGAUUGGGAUCUUUUUCGGCUAUCGAAACCAUAUGCAACGCAAAAGCCGACCUCAACAUAGUAGGAAUAUGACGGAGGCUCAAGACUACCUGGUCGGUGGAAGGAAGAUGCAAACGUUUCCAGUGGCUGUAUCAUUGGUGGCAAGCUGGGUAUCGGGUGUUCCGAUGUUGGGAACGGCAACAGAGAUCUAUCUUUAUGGCACUCAGUUCUGUUACAUUGUGUUCUCUAUGGUGCUGGCGGGAUUGUUGAUGAAUUAUCUUUUCUUGCCGGUGUUCCACGAGCUACAGAUUACAUCAACAUAUGAGUAUCUGCAGCGUCGUUUCGAUUCUCGCAUGCGACUUAUCGGAUCGAUACUAUUUGCAUUGGCUUGUAUAUUGUGGAUGCCGAUCGUGAUCUACGUUCCAGCAAUGGUAUUUAAUCAAGUAACUGGAGUGGACAUUCACGUCAUCACACCGAUCGUUUGCAUAAUAUGCAUGUUCUAUACCAGCAUCGGUGGACUGAAAGCAGUUGUCUGGACGGAUGUUCUUCAGUCUGGUGUAACGCUGCUUGCUUUGCUGGCUGUCCUGAUUAAGGGCACGUACGAUGUCGGAGGACCAGCAGAAGUAGUACGCAGAAGCAUUGCCGGCGAAAGGCUAGAGCCGCCAAACUUUGAUCCGAAUCCAACGCUGCGCCAUUCCUUCUGGAUCAUGCUGCUAGGUGCACCGUUGUGGGUUUGCGAAGGAAUAGCAUGCAGUCAGGAUAUGGUACAACGCUUCCUAGCGUUGCCCACGCUAAACGAUGCCCGAAAAGCGCUGAAGGGUUUUGUGAUCGGUUGGAUUGGCAUAAAUGUUACAUUUUUCAUGAUAGGAUUAUUGGUGUACGCCACCUACCAUGAGUGCGAUCCUCUGACGGCUCAAUUGGUAAAGGCAAAGGAUCAACUCUUGCCCUUCUUUGUGAUGGAAACGUUUGCGGCGUAUCCGGGCAUGACUGGAGUGUUUGUGGCGGGCAUCUUCAGUGCAGCGCUCAGUUCACUGUCAUCGGCACUGAAUGCUCUGUCUGCUGUGACGCUGGAGGACUUUUUCAAGCCGUACUGCAGGAAGCCGCUGACGGAGAAACAAACUAGCUACAUAAUGCGCGGCUCGGUGCUGGUGUACGGAGCAGUGGCUGUAAUGCUGUCUUUGUUGGUGCAACAUCUCGGCACGGUGAUGCAGUUGGCAAUGACAUUGAGUGCUGCUUCUGCGGCUCCCUUGCUAGGGAUGUUUGUAAUGGGCAUUCUAAUGCCGUGGGUGAAUGGAACUGGUGCUUUGUAUGGUGGCAUAACAGGACUGUUGACGAUGUUUUACAUGUGCUAUAAUGCGCAGUACUCGAUAGCUGCUGGCAGCAGAACGUUCGACACAAAGCCAGUGUCGGUUGCGGAAUGUGGAUACGAGGUCAGAUAUAAUACCAGCAUACACAGCAUAUUUAUGGAUGCAGAUAAACUAAUCGAGCAGGAGUAUCCGGAUAGUGAGUUGGAGCAGUUGGAAACAUCUAUCUAUCAUAUAUCUUACAUGUACUUCACGCUGUUCGGAAUGAGUGUUACGUGUGUGGCUGGAACGGUGGUAAGUUCGCUCGUAAAAUUGUGUGGGCGCGAUCGAGAUCAACCGAUCGAUCCAAAGCUAUUAGCACCGUACAUAAGAAAGAAGCAGUCUACGGACAUACCGUUAACGACACGAUCAGCGCCAUCCAAUCUCAAGUAGCCUGAGAUGUUCGAAAUGGAUUAAAACCGAUCUGAGGACGCCUGAAUUGUUAUGGGUUAUUGAAUAAAAGUGUACAGUAAAAUUGAAGGAAAA